AUGCAAAUCAACGACUACUCGGCGAUCGGAUUGGCGCUGGCGGAGGCGAGGAUCGGUUUGCGAAAGAAUCGUUUCCAGCAAAUGGUCGACGCACUGCAGAGAGUCAGCCAGAAGAUUGAAAUCGCUCAUUUCCCGGAGAGAAUCGCUCAGAAAAUGACCGAGAAGCUUGGCGAGAUCAUCGAGCAGGCUGGAUUCGUAUUCUCUCCUAGUCUCUAUUUCAAUCGUCCCUCGCUCCCAAUCCUCCCAAAAACGAUUGUGCUAUCCAAUUUGGAGAAAAGUCUUGACGAGAAUGACACCACGAUUGUGGAAAAGCCAAAAACGAUGACAACACUGAAACCGGGAAGAUUCCGGGAAUUCGUCGCUCGGAAAGAAGACCAAAGACUGCUGCAGAACCUUGGCUAUAACAUUGAAGAGAAUAGUGGAGCCGAGCCAGCGAUUGCAAAGCAAAAUUCCAAUCAAACUCUCGCCAAACUUUCUAAGAAGGUUUUCAUUGAUAAAUUGAGCGAAAUGGCGAACGAAUUCAAGAGAAUUGAGCAAGCUGGAAGUCACAAAAGGAGUACGGUAGACGAGAUGAGCUCCACCAUCACUCUACAUUCUACAGUAACCCCAGUAACCCCUACAGUAACCCCUGAACUGCCAAAAGUCGUGAAAACGUGGAAUAACAAAACUAGCACCUCGAAUGAGCUCCAGAUGGCGCAAAACAAAAGUCAAAAUCUAGCUGGAUUGGAAAAUACGGAAGUUGAUGACGAGAUCUCAUGCGGCGGAUCUGGAACUCACCAAAUCUCUCGCGAGAGCAAGAUGGGCAUGUUAGAGGCCACAAAUCGCUUUCGAUCCGAGAUCGCUCUCGGGAAAUACGUCGGCUUUCAAGGACGAGUCUUCCCGUCGGCUACGAACAUGCGUAAACUGAAAUGGAGUUGUGCCUUGGAGAAAAAGGCUCAAUCGUGGGCACACUCGUGUCAAAUGUCGCACGCGAGUCGAAUACAAAGAAUGGGACAGGGAGAGAUCCUCUUCUUCCCAUCGCAGAAACCCCAACACAUCACCGCAUUCAAUCUCUCGACGAUGGCUUUCUUCUACAAUGACGAAUUCAAGAUGAGUCUCACCGAGAGCCCCCUAAAAAUGGACCAUUUCAAUUGGAAAUUCGUCGGCCACGCCACACAGCAAGCCUGGGCCGUGAAUGACGCUAUCGGUUGCGCAGUCGCCUCGUGUCUGAAUGAAAAGCUUUGGGUGGUAUGCCGAUAUUCGACCGGCAACAAUCUCGGUUCACUUGUUUACGAGGAGGGUGCGCCGUGUUCCCGAUGCCCAGCCGACACGAAAUGUCGACAACGGACGGCGCUUUGUGAAUCCAAAGAA